AGCUGACAUGAGGUGUGCCAGGCCCUUGGCGAGUCAGACGCUGGCCUCUUUCUUGGAAAAUGCCCUGACCAGGGAGGCCAGGCUAUGGAAAGUCCCGACUUGCCGGUUUCGGGACUUUCCCUUAAAGGAUAAGGAGAUCGCCAAGUCUUAUAAGCAAGUCGUUUUGUGGAUGGCAGAGCUGAGCUCCAGGUUCCGGUUUUGUCCAGAAACCUUUGGUUUGGCGGUGAAUAUUUUCAACCGGCUAUUGGCUUCUGUGACGACUCAGUUAAAAUACCUCCCGUGCAUUGCUGUGACUUGCUUGGUGCUCGCUGCAAAAGCCAAUGAAGAAGAUGAGAUAAUACCGUCAGUCAAGACACUUGCAGUGCGUUGUGGCUGUAUAUGUUCUCCUACCGAGAUUCUGAGGAUGGAAAGACUUAUACUAGAUAAACUGGACUGGGACCUUUACACAGCAACGCCGUUAGAUUUCUUGAACACUGUAAGCACUGAGGGGUUUGCAGAACUCUAAAACGAGGGGUUUUCCUUCAGGC